CUGGCAACUCUGCGGACAGCGGGCAGCUCAGUCAGUUUUAACUAUGGCGACGAGAGAGUAGGGAGUACGUCACCGCGUCUCAAGGAUUUCCCACGUUAUCCCGGAGUCUUUCAUUUUCCUCGAGGGGACACUGUCAGCGACGCAGAUGAAGUAAACAAUAACGUUCGGCAAGUGAGUGAGGUUCACGUCUUUUGGGGGGGAGCGCCCCGGGCCACAGCUCAGCCAUCCGCGCCUGGAACAGCAGCAGCAACACCGUCAACACCACCGCCGCCGUCGCUGGCAGCACCACCACGUAACCUAGUGCUCACUGAUUUGACACUCACCACCACUGCUUGCUGUUGGCACCACCGCUCAUCACCACUACCAGGAUCACCACCAUCAUCAUCAUCAUCAUUGCUCACCACCUCAGCACCGAGGCUCAAGCAGACGUUGUGUAGGCACAUGAAGUUCAGCAAGGCGCCGCUCUGCCCGUCAGGAGGAGUGUUGUCGCCCAGGAUGGAAGGCCUGAGCAGCGAGAGCGGGGAGGAGUCCUCAAACUCACACGGGAACGGUGGACGGCGCUACACCAAGAACACUGAGGAAUACCGCAAACGCCGUGACCGCAACAAUGAGGCUGUGAAGAAGUCACGGCUCAAGACCAAGCAGAAGACGCAGGAAAUGGUGAACCGCGUGACCCAGCUGAGGAAUGAGAACGAGGAGCUGGAGGAAAACAUCAAGAUACUCAAUAAGGAACUGGGGCUGCUCAAGGGGCUGUUCCUUGAGCAUGCAGGCAAUGCUCAUGGUGUGCGGCUGAACGAGGACCAGCUGGCCAAGAUGCUGGGGGAGGAUGAUGAGGUGGAGAGAGGCGUCACCCUGCUCAUGAACUUCUCGCAGGGCACCCCAUAGAGGAGACGACCCCAGCACACCCCGGCUGCCCACCCGCUGCCACCAACCAAUGACAAUACUGCAGUGAGCCCUCCGUUGCUGGCGUCCUUCAUGCGUUCUAUGAGUCUGGUGCAGUCCUCCCUCACCCCCGGAUUGUUAGGAGCUACCCGUCACAUCAGUCCCCAUGUCCCCACGAUACCCCAUACCGCACCUCUUGUCCUGGGGUGAGGGAGGACCAUGUAGGACCCCAAGAAGGAAGACAUGCAACUCCGAGGACCCUGCUAACAGACACACACACAGAUACACACACUCACACACACACACACACACACACACACAUGGGUUUAUAUAGGGCUCUGACACUUCACUUGAUGAUGCUGAGGUUGGUUGCUUCGUGUGUGUGGUUUGUCGCGCUCUCUCACACACACACACACACACACAUUCCUUCCUUUCUUCCUUCACUCUAUAUUUUGUCUUUCAGUAUUUCCUUCCUUCCUUUCUUUCCUUAUUUCCUUUCCUUCUUUCCUUCUUCAAAUAUAUCUUUUCUUUAACACACACACACACACACAUACACACACACACAAGCUCCUCCAUCCAUCCAUCACAACACUCUGAGACAAGUUGAGACACGACAAGGCGUGACGAGAUGAAAAACUACGGUCAUAACAACAUUGAGGCAACCAUCACCAUCAUCAGCUUGUUGUGAGGACUCCAGAUAAGAGGUGAUCUAUAACUACUACUGCUACUACUACUACUAUUAUUUUUUUUUUGUAGUUGUUAUUAUAUAGGGAAGCGCUCAUUCCAUUUUGUUCCAGCUCAUUUCGGUUUAUUAUUAUUAUUAGGUUCAUUGUUUUGUAUUGGAGGAACAAGAUGAAAUGACUACCCUGUGUUUCUCUUUCUCUCCUUUCUCCAUCUCUGCGUCUCUCUCUCUUGGAAGAUUCUUAACACAGCGUAGUCAGUCGGUUGUUGCCCACAGAAUGUACCUUUUUUUAUCCACCUACAUGACUUCCUUGGGUACAGUCAGUUGUUGCCCACAGAAUGUACCUUUUUUAUCCAUCUAUAUGACUCCUUUGGUUACAGUGUUGUUGCCCACAGAAUGUACCUAUUUUUCUGGCUACACGACUUCUUUGGGUACACUACUUAAAAUAAAGGAAACUUGAGAUGACGGGAAAAUCUUGUUAUUGACCGAUGUUUUGUGACCUACGGAGGAGGAGGAGGAGGAGGUGGACUCAAACUUGUGUCAUUAUGCCAACAUUGUCUAUUAAGUGAAGCCAACAGUUAAUGGGUCACUAUUUUAUUUUUAUUUUUUAUGUGCAUGUCAUUUUUCAUGGGUAUUGGAGACACACACACACACACACACACACACACACACACACACACACACACACACACACACACACACACACACACACAAGGCUUCCAUCUGGCCUUGGUUUUUCCCCUACGACUCACGCCCAUAUUCUCAGAUGCCUUUGGCUCUCACAGCAUCUAUUUUCAAGGACCACAAAGGAGGUUAGUCAGGUUCUCAUGAGUGUUUCUUCAUGUUCAUGGUGCAGAGGCCUUGUCAAAUUAUCACUAGGCUCAUAAAACUACCCAAGGCAAUACUAACACAACCUCUACCAAUCUAUCUAUCAUAACACUACCCAUGGAUAUACUAACACAGCCUCUACCAAAGCCUUGCCAAAUUACCACUAGGCUUAUAAAACCACCCAUGGCAAUACUAACACAACCUCUACCAAUAUAUCUAUCAUAACACUACCCAUGGAUAUACUAACACAGCCUCUACCAAAGCCCUGUCACACUAUCACUAGGCUCAUAAAACUACCCAUGGACAUAUUAACACAACAACCUCUACCAAAGCCUUGUCAAACUAUCACUAGACUCAUAAAACUACUCAUGGACAUAAUAACACAACAACCUCUACCAAAGCCUUGUCAAACUAUCACUAGACUCAUAAAACUACUCAUGGACAUAAUAACACAACAACCUCUACCAAAGCCUUGUCAAACUACCACUAGGCUCAUAAAACUACCCAUGGGCAUACUAACACAACCUCUACCCAAGCCUUGUCAAACUAUCACUAGGCAUAAAACUACCCAUGGACAUACUAACACAACCUCUAUGAAGGCUUUAUGAAAUAGAUGUGUGAGCCCUGAAAUGCUAGAGAAUAUGGACCUUUUGCCUGAUUUUUCCAAACGUCGAAUUAGUCUUCAUGAACACUAACGUGGCUGGUUUGUAUUUUUUACCCGUUUUUCAAGGCAUAGUUAGUUGGUUUUGCUGAUUUCUUAUAUAAAUUUUUACGUCUGAGUUUGUAAUACGUUGACAACAGUGAAAACCCAACAUUUCUUACUAACUUCGUCGCGAAAAUGGAACAAAAAAGCCAGGCCAGCCAUGUACCUGUUAGGAGACGCUAUUACGACGUUUAAAAGAUCCUGGCGUUAGUCUUCUGCCACCCACACAGUCUCUUGUAUCGUUGGUGUUGUUGUCUAGCCUAGAGGGAGUUGAGGGGGACAAAGUGGCAGCAAGGGAAGGCUGCUGCCACUGCUCUGUCUCAUGGCACCUUAGAGUAUGUUUGGCGAUUUAUUUACACCUUACCAAUUAGUACUCAUGUCAGGGAAAAUGUUUCUAUACGCUAAACUGACCCUUGCCCUCUUGAAGGCUAACCCCCUCUUCCAUAGCUAAAGGAGGUGAUUGGUCAGAUGAAAGGAGGUUGAAAUUCUUGGGUUCUUUGAGGCAUUAAAAGUAGAAAGAUAUGACAAACCCAACUUUAUGAGUCCUCAGAGGCAGACAGUUAUAAGAAACCCAACACCUGAAAUCAUUGAAAGUCACAACAAAUGCAACAUUCUGAGUCCUGAGUGACUUGCAUACACUCCACUGAUUUGUUCUCAUGUCAGGGAAAGGUGACCAGUUAUAAAAGUCUUUGUAUGCUAAACUAACCUCUGCCCUCCUGAAGCCCUGCCCCCUCUUCCAUAACUUCUUUGUCUUCAUUUAUAAUCCAUCUUCUCACAUUCUUGAAGUCCCACUAAUCCCAAAUCGCUAAAUCCCACUGAAAUAACACCUCCACUUAACUUGAAUCUCUUUAGUAUCUGUCUUGCAAUAAAUAGGUCUACUUUACUUUCUUUUUGCCUGACUUGAGUGUGUAUUGGAAAGGUUUGAACAAGUCACUGAACCUACUCUAGUUUGGUGUCCUCUACUAUUAUUAUUAUUGUUAUUAUUAUAUUUAUGCGUGCGAUUGGAGUCUGGGUACCUUCGGCCAAUGUCAAGUCCUCUGUACUAAGUGAACCUUGCUAAGCUGCUUUGCCUAUUGUCUUGUCCAGCUUGAAGCCUCAUCUUAGUGUACAUGUGUGUGUGUGUGUGUGUGUGUGUGUGUGUGUGUGUGUGUGUUUUUGUGAUACAUUUUCACUGGUCUCCGUGGCAGUCUCGUCAGAGCCAUAGAAUAGGAGAGUGUGGCAAUCUUCAUCAUGGGCGCCAUUCUGUUACCUAAAGAGCCACACGAAACUCAUAUUGAUGCUGAUACAAUAGUGUUUUUUAUGCUCUGGGUACUUCUUCAUGAUUCUGACCAUACCUCAAGCACAAAAACACUACAUCUCAAAUUGACCUCCCUUCUGGCCACUGCUGUAUGUUUUUGCAAGCAGAGAUUAGCCAGCCUCUUUGUUUUUUGUUUUUUAUUGCCCUUGAUCUGUUUCCUACAUUGUAUCAGCAUCAAUUUGAGCUCCCCAAGACUCUUUUUUCAAAACGCCAUGGUGGCUGAGAUGAAGGUGGCCACUCUCUCCUAUUCCAGAGCUCUGCAUCUUGUUUUUCAUCUCUACAAAAGCACGAAUGCCUAGCAAGAUUCCAUGGCAGUCAGUAACGAAACGGAGUGCAUGAGUUUACCCUUCUUUUUGAUAGUUCCCUGUAUACCUUACAUGGAUGUGGCUAAGUAGCGUUUUUUAUACCUUUUAUAAUACUAGCACUGUGAGGGUCCAGCCGGCACCGAGGGAACACUAACGCUGUGGCCCACGUAGCCGUGUGGACCCAGGGAGGUGGUGUGUGAAGGCAAACAUUGUCCACAGUACAAAUAAAGUGACAUACACA